GCAGGGAAUGCUGUACCAUACAGUUCAUAACAGGACAUUUGAUGCGUUAAUAGCAGAAAUAAUCUGGGAAUUGAUGAACCACUACUGGAUCGUAUGAAGCGUAGCAGGAUGGAUGUUGAGAGUCUGAGUAAAGCAGAGCUGCUAAUGCUACUGAGUAUACUAGAGGGAGAGCUGGAGGCGCAGGACCUCGUCAUUCAAACUCUCAGGGGACAGCAGCGAGACGCAUUUGUGCAGGAGCGGUACGGGCGCUAUGACCUCAGCGAUCCCUUCAUGGCUCUACAGAGAGACAGCGAGGCAAUGCAGGGUCACGACCAGGGUCAGCCCCAGGCUCGUGGUCAUGGUGGGAGAGGCCAAAUCAACCCAAGCCCGCUGGCUGUCCUGAAGCUGGUGAUGAGCCACUGCAAGCGCAUGCAGGAGAAGAUGAUGGCACAGUUAGCGGCGGCCGAGAGCAGACACAGACGGGUUAUCGCUGACCUGGAAGAAGAGAAGCGGCGCCAUGCCCAAGACAUGGCUGAAGGCGAUGAUGUCACAUACAUGCUGGAGAAGGAAAGAGAGCGACUACUGCAGCAGUUGGAGCUAGAGAGAGCACGGGCUGAGCGUCUGGAGCGCGAAUGUCACUCGCUUUCUGCCCAGGUGGAGGAGAACCAGGCACAGCAGCAGCAGCUCUCUUCUAACCUGGCUAAAGAAUGUCAGCGUGCCAGUGCCCAAGCUCAGGAAGAGAGUGAACGUGUUGCUCAGAUGUGCAGGCAGCUGGAGCAGGAACGCAGUGCCACGCAGGGUCUGCAAGAAGACCUGGAGCGGGAGAAGGCACGUGCCAUGCAAACAGAGGCCAGAGUCGAGCGCCAGAUGGCCGAGUUUGACACGGAGCGCGAGCAGAUGAAAGCGAAGCUGCUCAAGGAAGAAAGCCACAGCCAAGAGCUCCGGGAGCUGAUCGAGCACCUAAGGAAAGAGCUGGAGGAUAUGAAUGAGAAGGAGAAGGGAUGGAGGGAAAAAGUGGAGGAGGAUAGGAAAGCAGCUGAAAAGCAGACAAAAGCAGUGUCAGCUUCUGCAGCCUGCCAGACUGAACCAGAUGGGAAAGUGGUUGUCACUGAAAAAACCCAACGUCUGAGACUCAACGGGCAUCAACUGCGUAAAGAGAGUGAGUCUUCAGAAGAGAAAAGUACUGAAAAUGGCGGAGCAGAGAACGGAGGAGCUUUGAGCUCACCCGUGCAUGCACUCCAGUCGCCUUCUCCAAGCAGCACGGCCUGCUCAUCACUCUCCUCCUCCCCAUGCUCCUCACCUGUAUUGGCCAAGCGCUUGGUGUCGCUGGGCACCAGCAGCCCCACGUACCCAUCAUCGUACCAAGCAAGCGUGAACCAGCGCUUCCAUGCUGCCAGGCACAAGUUCCAGCAACAGGCGGAGCAGAGCGGAGCGACGCCCCUGUCGCCUCGUGAGCUUUCACCCACCUCUACACCAGUGCCCCCACUGUCCGAGAACUCCGCUGCAAAGCAGAUGGCUCGCAACACUGUCACACAGGUUCUGUCACGCUUCACCAGCCAACAAACAGCAGGCAAGGCACCCGCUCCAAACAGCUCACCAUUUGGCACUGAUUACCGUACACUUGCGACCGCCUCCUCACCCACCAGCAAAGCGGCGUGCCCUCUGUCUCCUGGUAUCCGCUCGCCCAUAAUCCCACGGGGUGAGAGAAGCUUUGCAUCUCCUGUAACCCAGAAGAAGCCUGGCACCAACCAGAAUCCAGGCUCACCCAUAUCAGCAUCGUCGCCUCGCUCUUAACUUCCCGAGCUCUCAAAUAGCUGCGGGAUAAGCAGCACACAAGAGGGCGCUAAAGAGCUCGACCUGCUUGUGUCCAAAUCCAGCUAACCACUAACAAGGCUUCACCACUAAAACUUUUUUAAAUUUAGCACUAGGCUUACUAGAAGACUGGUAUUCUGGAAACUGGUGAAAUCCAAAAUGGCAUGAAGCCCUAAACAUAAUGGACAAAACUUAUAGAAAAAAAAAAACACUUGCACAUACUAAGGCUGCAGAUUAACUAAUGAGUCAAAUCAAACACUGAUAAUUUUUUUCUUUCUUUUUUUUUUGCAUGGUGAACAGUGAAGCUCAACAAAAUAUACAAAUCCGACGAACUACAGGCCAAAGCCACAAAUAGCUCAGAUUAAAGGGACUUAUUCAUACGCAGACCCUCUCGACUCCACCGGUAUCCCUUCUCUAACAGAUAACCGAGCACUCGAAACACUCAAAGCACUCACACUUUCACUCCUCUGUUCCUUCACUCUCCAAAUCCACACAUAAAAACAGAUUGGAGAAGCAGAGCAGGGGACUGUAGACACUACAUGAUCAAGACAACAUUUAUUUAAAUGUCCUUUUUUUUUUUUUUUUAGUAAAUACAUUAUAAUAUUAGCAUCUUGUAUAUGAAGAUAUAUUAUUUAUCCCUUUCAAGCUCCUCUCAUGCAUAUUCUAAAUUAUAAAAAGCAAAAAAAAAAACAUCAAUUCUGAUUUUAACCAGCAAUAAUUAAUGACUCAGGUGACCAAUCAAGGGUUAGAAUAAACAUGAACCGAUCGCAUUUGAUAUUAUGUAGUGAAAUGAAAGAUAUACGCUCUAAAAACUAUUUGCAAGCAAAACAAAUUGCACUUUGGAUCUAUGAAACCCUCCUGCUUUCACUGUAUAUUAAAGUGGCACCUCUUCUCAUGGAUGGGAGGACGAAAAAAAGCUUUUUCGAGCUACAUGAGGAAGAAUAUUUCAUAACAUUAAUACACAUUUAGAGAAUUUAAUAUAGUAGAAAACUUUUUACAGCUUUGAGACUCCGUUGUUCAGGACUCUGAGGAUGUAGGUAGUAGUAAUAAAAAAAUGAGAAGAAACGAUUCAGUGUGCGCUGAAUUGCUGCUAUCAGAGUUCUGUGAAAGCAGCAUUAUGCUCGUCAAUUUGCUGUGGCCUCAUUGUGUGUCUUUUGCAAACUGUUAACAGCAUAUUAGCAGAACAAACUAAUAACCUGAAGUUAGCGAGCUUGAUGAAAUCCUUACUUAAAGAGAAGAGUCACACCGGUAUAAUCUCAGAGCAAAGGCUGUGUGCAUCUCCUGGAUUUAGGGAGUGAGCAAGCUUGUUAGUUAGAAUAAAAUAUGUAGAACAGAUACUGAACUGAUUUACUUGCUUAAAGUAUCAAACUACUCAGAAACUUACCCAAAAACUGCUAGUUACAUUAUAGCUAGUUAUCUAUUGACUUUUUUAUCUACUCAAUGAAAUACAAAUUCCCCAACUCCAAAUCAGAUUACAUCAACACUGCCAACACACCAAUCACAGGACAAAUAAAUGCCUUACCUGUUCAAAUGGAGACAAAAAAAGGUCAGUCCUGAAUUUAUUUUCCUUUUUGACUAAAUGAUUUCUCUUCUCUGAUUGGCUGCCUGUUACUGUGUAGACUGCUUUCGUGCCUAAAAUUAGGCCCUCCGUCUCUAACCAGACACAACACCGACAUUCAAUUGAGUUUUUUUAAAGAUUAUAAAAUCCUACUCUGUUAUUUAAAACUGUCAAAGAAACAACAAAAAGCAUUUGCAUUAUUGUCGAGAUCAGAGGUGCUCAAACUUGUUCCUAUGAGGAGGCGAAAUCAAACUCGAAUGAGGCCAUUGGGCAAAAAAUCAAUUUUGAGUUAUAGCAAACGCAAUGUUAAAACUGUGGUUUUUCUUAAGAUUUAAUUUUUUUUCAAAAAGAGUCAAAAGAAAUAGAUCGCAUGACUCUGUAAACUGCUUGACUAAUGCAGUUUUAUUUUUAAAGUUCGAGUUCAGUGAAACUUAUAAUACAAUGAGAAACAAUCCAAUUGAUUAAACACUACAGUUCAAGGCCUGAUACAGCGAUUCAGUGACCUCUAAUAAUAGACAUAAAAAUGGUCAUUAUUUUUCUAAAGUUUUUUCAAUUGGCAUUUUUUUCCCCAUUUUCUUCUCUUGGCAUGGUGGUCCAAACCAAAGGUCACAAUGUUUGGGCGUCUCUGGUCUGAAACCCAGUCUUAUGUGUUUUCAUGUUACAUUUUCAUGUUAUUUUGUGAUGCAUCACCUGAUUGUUCACUUUGAUGGAUUUGUUAGUGAAGCUAAACUUUUACUUAUUAGUCAUAAAGUGUUUAUUGUGACAUUUUUGUACUUUUUUAAAAUUGGAAAUGAUCUUAAAAUCCCUUUAAGGAAUAUUAUUUUCUUUUACAAAUCUUUGUACUGUAUACUAUGCUGCUACUUUGAAUUUGAAACAUCUCAGAUGCAGGGUUGAAAAUAACUGAAUUUUUUAAAUAAGUUUCAUGCAACAGGAUAAAAGUUAAAAAAGGUUCUUUUGAACCGGAUUAUUUGAUCGUUUAAUGCGAUUUAAUUCAGUCUAAAGUUUAAUCUUUGACUAAAUGUAAAUUUGUGUAAUGCAAACCAUCAUCCUGAGCAUAAAGAGCAUGUUCUUUUUAAGCAGUAAAAUACAGAAGAGCAGAUUUUAUUUGGUCUAAGCAUGUAAAGAAAGACAGCAUAAUUACUAAAAAUAUUUAACUCGAAUUGACUGAGAGAACUUGGCAAACAUCGCCCUCUAGUGUCAGUAAUGAGGAAAAACUCUCACUCCCAUUUAACCAUAGAAUUCUUUUUACUCAUUUGGAGCAAUAUGUAAAGUGAUAGUUUUCUUUUUACUUUUUUUUUCUGGAAUAAGGGGUAAAAAAAACAAUUCCCUCUAAAUCUGCAGCCAGGUGGUAGUGCAGGUCAACUCUAGCACGUACUUUGAAACAAUAUAUAAUCUGAAAAAUCAUUAGGAAAUAAAUUAACCAGGACUUCCUGCAUGCUUUCUUUUUCUGUGAGAUCAUGUAACAUCUAAAACAUUUUGCCUCAUGUAUACACAAUUCGAUCCACUUUAUACACCGUCCACUUCAUAAAGAUUUGUAUGUAACUGUAGUCGUUCAUUCAAGAUACUAGAAAUAGCAUACUAGGAAUGAAGGUUACUCAUUAGAUUAAGCACAAAUGGGUUCAAAAGGAAGGUUUUGUGAUGAUUUGAAUCUUUUUCUAGGGCUGUGGAAUAGAUGUGAAGAGGCUUUAAAAAAUAUAUACUAUCACUUAAUGAAUUGUUGUAUAUUUCAUGUUUUGAGUCUUACCGGCCGUUAAAAUAUUUCCUUAAUCCUGUCACUCUGGUCGAAAUGAUUUAGAUGCAUAUUGAAGUUUGAAACACUUCAGUCUGAAGUUUAACCUGUAGGUUCUAAAGAUGAUGUUUAACUCCUUCUUGUCUGAUACCUCACACAGCUUUUACUGUACAUUUGUUUUGCCCAGCACAAUCCUGGGCUUGUACUACUGUACUUUUUGUGACUUUUUAUUUUUUAUAAUAAGCCUGUUCAUCUUGAAGAUGGUGGAUAUGCAUUUUAGCUGGUGUUCUUUAAUAGAAUUGCUCCACCUUGCAGUUUUUUUUUAAAUACUUGGGAAAAUAAAACCUUUUGGAGCUCAA